AUGGCAGCGGCCGGCUGCAGUGCUCCGGGCCUCUGGGUCCGGGGUACCGGGCAGCGUUUGGGGAGUCUCUUCACUCUCGUUUCAAAGCCAUUUUGUUCCGCCGCUGCUGCCUCUAGGCCCCUGGAUGCCCUGCGACUAGCGGAGAGGCUCCGAGCCCAGAAACGGGAACAAAAGACCAAGAUCGUGUCGGUACCCACAAACCCUGUUCAGCGGAGGGUGCAAGAAUUAGUGCGGUUCACACAGCAGCUGCAGCGAGUCCACCCCAACGUGCUUGCUAAGGCAUUGAGCCGAGGGAUUCUCCACCAGGACAAGGACCUUGUGGUCAUCGAUAAGCCCUACGGUCUCCCCGUACAUGGUGGCCCUGGAGUCCAGCUCUGCAUCAGUGAUGUACUUCCUAUCCUGGCAAAGAUACUUCAUGGUCACAAGGCAGAGCCCUUGCAUCUGUGCCACCGGCUGGACAAGGAGACCACAGGCGUAAUGGUGUUGGCUUGGGAGAAGGAAGUGGCACAUCAAGUCCAAGAAUUGUUUAGAACCCGUCAGGUGUCAAAGAAGUACUGGGCCAUCACUGUGCGUGUCCCUGUGCCCUCAGCAGGAGUUGUGGAUAUCCCCAUCAUUGAGAAGGAGGUGCAAGGCCAGCAGCAACACCACAAGAUGACGCUGUCCCCAAGCUACCGCAUGGACAAUGGGAAAAUGGUGAAAAGACGGACCAGCCGGAAUGCACACCUCGCUGUAACUCAGUACCAGGUGCUAAGCAGCACUCUGUCCUCUGCCCUUGUGGAGCUCCAGCCUGUUACUGGAAUAAAACAUCAGCUUCGAGUUCACCUGUCUUUUGGGUUGGAUUGUCCAGUCCUUGGUGAUCACAAGUACUCAGACUGGAAUAGAUUGGCCCCACAGAAGCUGUCUGUUGGCAUCCUAAAGAGGCUGGGGCUGCAACAGUCGAAGGCCCGCCACGUCCCCCUUCACCUGCAUGCCCGGCAACUGGUCCUACCUGCCGUGGGGUCCAGGAAGGAGGAACUCAACUUGGUGUGCAAGCUUCCUCGCUUCUUUGUACACUCCCUGAGGCGUCUGGGUUUAGAGAUGCCAGAUCAGGAUCAAAAUGGGGGCAAUGAAGCUGGGCCACUGGGAGCAUAGUGAAGACUGUUGGGCAGUUUGGCCCCGAACUCUUCCCUUUGUUUAAUGGACUCUGCUGGCUUCUCCCUUAGAACAGACUCCAGAAGAGCCAGGUGGGAUAAGUUAAAGAGACUCAGCUACUUCAGAGAUUUUCAUGGAGAAUAAAGUCGAUGUACUGACA